AUGGCUACCCAGUUCUCUAUUAAUGUCACCAACACUGAAUUCGACAGCUUCAAGGGCGAUGAUCUGCUCAAGUUGGUGAUGCGUCGUUUCCUCGGCGUCGAAGAGUGUAUCCUGUCGAUGGUCGUCACGCAUCUGCCAUCGCCUAUUGUAGCCCAACGCUACCGUUAUACUCAUCUCUACAAAGGUCCACUCGACGAUGCAGUCGCCACUGCCAUCAAAAACUGCGACCCCAACGGCCCACUAAUGGUGUAUGUCUCCAAGAUGAUCCUAUCCGAUGGAGGACGUUUGGUUUCUUUUGGUAGAGUGUUUUCUGGUACUUUGAGUACUGACCAACAGGUCCGUAUCCUCGGAUCAAACUAUGAAAAGGGUAGUUCCGAAGACCUUUCAGUCACAACCAUCCCAGGCACGGUCGUUAUUGUGGGCCCCUGCGUUGAGCCUAUUGCAGACUGUCCUUGUGGAAACAUCGUCGGUAUCACUGGAAUAGACACCCUCAAGACUGGUACAAUCACAACGAGUGAAGACGCUCAUGCUAUGGCUGUUGUCAAGUUGAACGUCACGCCUGUAAUACGUGUGACCGUCACCCAAAAAAAUAGAGGACUUGCCUCGUCUGAUCGACGGUCUCAGUCGUCUUGCCAAGACUGA